AUGCCUGUGAAGUGGAUGUCUGCUCUGCUGCUCCUGCAGAUGACUUGCUACUUCAGAUCUGGGAGCUGUGGGAAGGUGUUGGUAUGGCCAUUGGAAUACAGUCACUGGAUGAAUCUAAAAACAAUACUGGAUGAACUUGUACAACGUGGCCAUGAAGUGACAGUUCUGAGAUCUUCAUCUUCUGUCUUUCUUGAUCCCAAAAAAGCAUCUGGUCUUAAAUAUGAGACAUUUCCGACAACCACCAAUAAUGACAAAGUAGAAAAGUUUUUUACUGAAUGGGUCAAUAGGUGGAUAUAUGAUGUUCCAAAAGAUUCAUGUUGGAGAUAUUACCCAUCGUUUAACAUACUAUUUGGGCAAUUUUCUGAUUUUAUUUUAAACCUUUGUAGAAAAGUAGUUACAAACAAACAAUUUAUGGAAAAACUACAGGAAUCCAAGUUUGAUGUUGUUUUUUCAGAUGCCAUUGGUCCCUGUGGUGAGCUGAUAGCUGAGGUACUCCAAGUACCUUUUAUGUAUAGUCUUCGCUUUGGUAAUGGCUAUGGAUUAGAAAAGUUUAGUGGGGGACUUUCAUUCCCUCCCUCUUAUGUCCCUAUAAUUAUGUCAAAGUUAAGUGGUCAAAUGUCCUUCAUGGAGAGAGUAGAAAAUAUGAUAUGUUUGUUAUAUUUUGACUUUUUCUUUGAGUCAUUUCCUGCUAAGGAUUGGGAUCCAUUUUUCAGUGAAAUUUUAGGAAGACCUACUACUAUGGUUGACACAAUGAAGAAAGCAGAAAUGUGGUUAAUUCGCUCCUACUGGGAUAUGGAGUUUCCUCGCCCAACCUUACCAAACAUUGAGUUUGUUGGAGGACUGCACUGCAAACCUGCCAAACCCUUGCCUGAGGAAAUGGAAGAGUUUGCACAGAGCUCUGGGGAACAUGGUGUUGUGGUGUUUUCUCUGGGAUCGAUGAUCAAAAACACAACACAAGAAAGGGCUAACACAAUUGCAUCAGCCCUUGCACAGAUUCCACAAAAGGUGUUUUGGAGAUAUGAUGGUAUGAAACCAGAUACCUUAGGUCCCAAUACCAGGAUUUUCAAGUGGAUCCCCCAGAAUGACCUUCUAGGUCAUCCAAAAACUAGAGUUUUUGUAACUCAUGGUGGAGCCAAUGGCAUUUAUGAGUCAAUUCAUCAUGGGGUCCCCAUGGUUGGCAUCCCUAUGUUUGCAGAACAAUAUGAUAACAUUGCUCACAUGGUGGCCAAAGGAGCAGCUGCUUCAGUAGAUUUUCAUACAAUGACAAGUUCAGAUUUGCUUAAUGCCCUGAAGGAAGUCAUUAACAAUCCUUCCUAUAAAAAGAAUGUGAUGUGGUUAUCAACCAUUCACCAUGACCAGCCCAUGAAGCCCCUGGACAGAGCUGUCUUCUGGGUUGAGUUUGUCAUGCGCCACAAAGGGGCCAAGCACCUGAAGCCUCUUGCCUUUAACCUCACCUGGUACCAGUACCACUCUCUGGAUGUGAUUGGAUUCCUCCUGGCCUGUGUGGCAGCUACGAUUUUCCUCACUAUAAAAUGUUGCUUGUUUGUUUACCGAUUCUUUGUAAAGAAGCAAAAGAAUAAAAAGGAAUAG